CAUCCCUUGCUCGAAUAGCAGCAACUCUCUUUUUCCCUGACAAUUCAUCACGGUCGUGUCAACUCACCUUCUUCUAACUACAUUGUCACUUGCUUCGUCCUCAUUACCCUACAACAAAUCAGAAUGGGGUUCCUAUAUAGUCAAUUCUUCAAGACGCCAAUCUAUCCCAAAGGCAACUUCAGAGGCAAGACAAUCAUCGUCACGGGAAGCAAUGUUGGUCUGGGCAAAGAAGCAGCACGCCAUUAUGUGCGCUUGGGAGCCAGCAAGCUCAUCCUCGCUGUGCGUAGCGUCGAUAAGGGUCAAUCAGCCAAGAAAGACAUUGAGAGUACUAUCAAAUGUAAUAUCGAUGUGUGGAAGCUCGACAUGAGCGACUACGGAAGUGUGCAGGCUUUCGCAAAGCGCGUCGACGCUGAGUUAGAUCGCGUAGAUAUCUUCAUCGCAAACGCAGGCGUAGUGCGCGCCGAGUACCACGCGGUCAUGGGUCACGAGGAGGGGAUUUUGGUCAACGUCAUUUCAACUUUCCUGCUUAUGGCACUCAUGAUGCCCAAGAUGAAAGACACGGCCGCUAAGUUCAACACACGGCCUACCUUUGCUGUGACAGGAUCUGCGGCGUACGAACACACCGUAUUCCCCCAGCGGUCCGCCCCUGACGGUGGCAUCUUGACUGCUCUUUCGGACAAGGAAACGGCGCUCAAGUACUGGUCUCAGCAGUAUCCUGUGUCCAAGCUCGUACAACUUCUCCUCGUGCGCGCUAUUGCCGAGCACCACCCAGCUAGCGAGUUCCCAGUGACAAUCAACAUCGUCAAUCCAGGACUAUGUCACUCCGAGCUGGCGCGUGAGGCCAACGGAUGGAGCUUCUAUCUCUUCAAGCUCAUAGUGGCGCGGUCUACAGAAGUAGGAAGCAGGACGUUGGUUCAUGCAGGAGCUUCGGGUGUCGAGACUCAUGGCAAGUAUUUGAGCGAUUGCGCGAUAGAGGAACCCAGUCCCUUGGUGACUGACAAAGAAGGCAAGGAGUCGCAGGAUCGAAUUGCUGCUGAGGUGAUCAAGAUGAUCGAAUCUAUCCAACCAGGUGUAUCCAAGAACUUUCAAACUGUCAAAGGAUAAGAAUGGCCAUCACAUCUCGGUUAGACCCGGAGGUUCUUCUCGCAGUGCUUAGUUUUCAG